GCGUCCUCGCGGGUCUGAAUGGAAGGGUCGAGGUCGUCGGCGGCGGCGAGCAGAUCCUGAAGCCAGAGCUCCACCCCGGCGCCCGCGCCAUGCGGCGGGAGAGGUGCGGCGCCCCCCACCCGCGUCGCCGCCAUGGAGGUGCUGCGGCGCUCCUCGGUCUUCGCCGCCGAGAUCAUGGAUGCCUUUGACCGCUCGCCCACCGACAAGGAGCUGGUGGCCCAGGCCAAGGCGCUGGGCCGGGAGUACGUGCACGCGCGGCUGCUGCGCGCCGGCCUCUCCUGGAGCGCGCCCGAGCGCGCCGCGCCGGUCCCGGGACGCCUGGCCGAGGUGUGCGCGGUGCUCCUGCGCCUGGGGGAUGAGCUGGAGAUGAUCCGGCCCAGCGUCUACCGCAACGUGGCUCGUCAGCUGCACAUCUCCCUGCAGUCUGAGCCUGUGGUGACCGAUGCGUUCCUGGCCGUGGCUGGCCACAUCUUCUCUGCAGGCAUCACGUGGGGCAAGGUGGUGUCCCUGUAUGCGGUGGCCGCAGGGCUGGCCGUGGACUGUGUGAGGCAGGCCCAGCCUGCCAUGGUCCACGCCCUCGUGGACUGCCUGGGGGAGUUUGUGCGCAAGACCCUGGCAACCUGGCUGCGGAGGCGCGGCGGAUGGACUGAUGUCCUCAAAUGUGUGGUCAGCACAGACCCUGGCCUCCGCUCUCACUGGCUGGUAGCCGCACUGUGCAGCUUCGGCCGCUUCCUGAAGGCUGCCUUCUUCGUGCUGCUGCCAGAGAGAUGAGCUGCCCACCUGGGCAGUGGCCGCAGCCUGGCCCUCUGGGCCCGACGCAGGAGGCCCUCAGCACCCGAACACAUCUCCCUCCUCCCCACCCAAGCCUGGAGCACUCUAACCCUUGGAGACCCCCUAAGCCCCGCUCCUCCACAGACCCAGGCCCUCCAGAAGGGGUGAGCGGGGAUAGGCUUUCCUGAGCCUGGAGCUGGGCUUUGGGGCAGCCUGCGACCCUCCCCACUUGUGCCCCUUCUCCUGGGAUCUCUGUGUCUUCCCUUUUCUUUCUGGGGCCAGGAAGUCAGGGUCAACUCCCAGGCCCCAGAUGCAGGGGCCCGGAAACACCUGCUCUCCCCUGAGCCCCAGAUGCAGGGGCCCGGAAACACCUGCUCUCCCGAGCCCCAAAUGCAGGGGCCUGGGAACACCGUGCUGUCACCUGAGCCUGGGGUCCCAUCCCAGGAAGAGGGGCCGUCUCAGGACCCGAGUCCUCAGGAGCCCCGCACAUUCAAUCUGAAGGUGACCCUGGCCUGGCCGAAGCUGGAAGAGCUGUGGGGACGCAGCCAGUAAACAGAGCAUAGGGCUCA